UCGUUGGUUUCAAUUUCAAAACAAACUCACAAAAACCCUCCAAAUUCCCCGCCACCGCCCUACCCCAUGGCCACCACUUCUAAUCUUCCAUCCUCCACAGCCUCCGCCGCCACCACCACUACACGUCCCUUCGCCUCCACCACCACCACUACUACUGCUGCUGCAACCGUUAAGUCCCCCUCAAGGCCUCAAACUCCCCACGCUUCUCCAUUCCCACUUUACCACUACUACGCAUCUCAAAACAUUCAAAUUAGACCCCAAACCCAAACCCAAGCAAAAACCCAAAUUUCAAAUCCAAUUUCAUCGUCUCAGCAACAACAGGGGAUUCUCUACCCAGUUGCUUCCUCUGGCCGCGGUUUCAUCCCCAGGCCUAUCCGCCCUCUAGAUCAGACCGUUACCCUGGCUAAUAACCAAAACCUUACCCCUGGCGCGUACCAACCACGUGCUGUUGGAGUUGCUUAUAGAACUCCAAUUGGGUCUGGUUCCGCGUCUGCUUCGGGAGCUGGCACCGGUUCUCCACGGUCUCAUCCUCAUUUGGAUUCUGGAUUGGCGCAACAUCCUCAUCCUUCUUUUCAUCAUCCCGUGCACAUGAUUAGACAGCACCCAACUCACUUGCAACAUCAGCAGCAGCAGCAGCAUUAUUUAAGUGGUUCCGUUGGUGUCGGAUUGGCUCCGAUUAAGGGAAUUCCGGUUGCUGGGCAACUCAAGGCUGCUUCAUCUCCAUCACCAGUUUCUGAUUCUAAUGUCUAUAAAAGUUUAAGGGACAGAAGCAGAGAUGAUACUCUUACUGUGAUUAGGGAUCGAAAAGUAAAAAUAUCAGAUGAGGCUUCUAUUUAUGCACUUUGUCGAUCAUGGUUGAGAAAUGGAUUUCAUGAGGAAAGUCAGCCACACUAUGGGGAUGUUGUAAAGUCUCUUCCAAGACCUUUACCUAUGCAUGUUUUAGGCACUCAUUCGCCAAAGAAGGAAGGAGAAGAAGUAGAAGAUGAUGAGAAGGAUGAGCAGUCUGUUGAUCAUUUAUCUGCACAAGAUCUCUUAAAGAGACAUAUUAAGCGCGCUAAAAAGGUUCGGGCACGUUUAAGGGAAGGAAGGUUGAAGCGAAUUGCAAGAUACAAAACCAGGCUGGCACUUCUCCUUCCUCCGCAGGUAGAACAGUUCAGAAAUGACACUGCUGCUGGAAACUGAUCCACACUGAUGAGACAAGACAUUUAGAUAUUAACACACCCUCACAUAGAAUGAGUGAGGGAAAAGCGAAGUGCUCAACAAUGGUGGCAGAGUUGAAUGAUCCAAGUCACAGUUGGAGGCAAUAGGGUAAAACUUGUUCAGUUGGUUUGUUUAUGAAGUAACUGUGUGAUGAUCUAACAUUGUCCAGCCUGAAAACAGAAAUUGUUCUCAUGUUUUUCAUGGUUGAAGGGGCUGGAAUAGGAAAAUGUGAAUCAGAAAUGCCAUGAUUUUAGUCUCGGGAGAUAUUUCAACAUCGCCUGAUUUCCAUCUUGUUGCUGUAAAAUGUAUUAUUUGGCUGUUGAAUUUCACCAACACUAACACAUAUUUUGUAGUGAUAGCUGCAGAUUUCAACAUUGGAUUGUUCUCUAAAUGUCAUUAUGCUUUUAUCUUUUCAAUUUCAAGAAAUAAAAUGCUUUACGAUUUGCAGUUGA